UCUCUCUCUCUCUCUCUCUCUCUCUCUUUCUCUCACACACACAUACACACACUCGACGCAAAGGAAAAUUCCUCCACACAGUGGGGAGCGCCUUUUGGAGACCUGGAAUCGAAUUCGGGCGUCGUCUUUGACGAUUCAAUUUGUAGGAAUUCCGAUUCUGUGCUGAGAUCUUCCACCAAUACGAAUCCCCAAUUCUCUCGUUCACCAUUUGCUCAAGGCUUCAUGCAGUGAAAAAAGUGAGUGGUUGAAAUCUGGUUACCCUGAAAUCUGAAGAUGUGUCGGGAUUCGAGAACUACCGUAAGGAAUACUGAAAUUAUAACCAGUGAAUAUCUUAUGUGAAUUAUAGCAUAUAAGGUGAAGAAGCGAUCAGUUUGAGGGCAGCAUGGCAGAACAACUUCCGAGGGCUACUAAGAGAGCAUCAAAGAAUCACGAAUUCAAGAAAGCAUCUUCGAGUCCCAAAGAACAGCAACACCUGUCCCGAAAACAACAAAGGAAGGGGGAAAACGCGGUUCGGAUUCCACCAAGUCCCGACCCAUGUUUUGAUUUCAAAAGUUCCAAGUCGUGGAUCUGCAAAAAUUCUGCAUGUCGAGCCACUCUUUCAAUAGACGACGCAUUUUGCAAAAGGUGCUCUUGUUGCAUUUGUCAUUUAUUUGAUGACAACAAGGACCCGAGUCUUUGGUUGGAGUGCACGUCUGAAUCUGGUCUUCGAGACUCGUGUGGCUUAUCUUGCCACAUUGAAUGUGCCUUCCAAAAUGGUAAGGUUGGGGUUGUUAAUCUCGGGCAGUUGAUGCAGUUGGAUGGAAGCUAUUGUUGUGCUUCGUGCGGUAAAGUUUCAGGCAUACUUGGAUGCUGGAAGAAGCAGUUAACUAUAGCCAACGACGCGCGCCGUGUAGAUGUCUUAUGCGAUCGAAUAAACUUGAGUUACAGGCUCCUUGACGGUACUUCCAAAUAUAAUGAGUUUCACAAAUUUGUUAAAGACGCCAAAGCUAAGUUAGAAACCGAAGUGGGCCCACUCAGUGGAGUUUCCGCAAAACUGGCUCGUGGCAUUGCCAGUAGACUCUCUGUUUCUGCUGAGGUGCAGAGACUCUGCUCACUCGCAGUCGAAAAGGCCGACGAGUUUUUGAUGGCCCCAACUUCUUCUUCAACCAUCAAUUUCAUAGAGGGUGCACUUCCAGCGGCGUGCAAGUUCAUGUUCGAGGAAGUGACUUGUUCUUCGGUUGUAGUUCUAUUGAUUGAAUUAUCCACCACCCCAUUAGAUAGUGAAAUUAAAGGCUAUAAGCUCUGGUACUGCAAGACGAGAGAAGAGAAUUACGAGAAAGACCCUGUUUCUGUUUUUCCAAGAGAUCGAAGGAGGGUUUGGAUAUCCAAUCUGCAGCCUUGCACGGAAUAUUCCUUCCGUAUAAUAUCCUACACCGACAAUGGUGACUUAGGUCAUUCCGAAGCAAAGUGCUUCACAAAGAGCGUAGAAAUAGUUCACCGAAAUAAUCCAAAUUUAAAAGUUCCCGAAAAGGACGUUUCAGACAAUGGAGGAAGCUCGAGCGGCGACCGACAACAUAGGAAUGGAACAGACAUAGAAUCGGAUUCGGGUUUUAAAGUUCGUGACCUUGGAAGAAUUUUAAGGGCUGUUUGGAUCCAAGAAAAUCGAUGUUCGGGAUCUUUCUGUGCGGUUAAGGUAGAAACUCGGGAGGAAAAGUCGCCACGUCAGCUCGACUUAAACGUUGCUUCUGUGCCUGAUCUGAACGAAGAGUUUAGAGAUGAAGUUAAUGGAGCUUUAGAGACAGAUGAUGAUUUUUCUAACGACGUUCGUCGAAAAACAGGGCAGGAUUCUGACAGUACUCUGACGAAUGGGUCUUCGUUGGGAGUGGUGAAUGAGGUGUGUUUGGAUGAGAAUUUCGAAUACUGUGUGAAGAUCAUUCAUUUUCUGGAAUGUGAGGGUUAUAUCGAGAAAGAUUUUAGAUUGAAAUUGCUGACGUGGUUCAGUUUAAGAGCUACUGAGCAGGAAAGAAGAGUGGUGAACACUUUUAUACAGACUUUGAUCGAAGAUCCAAGUAGUUUGGCGGGGCAGUUGGUUGAUUCGUUUUCGGAUUUAUCCAGCAAAAGGCAGCGAAAUAGUUUGUGUUAGAAUUUUUGAAGCUAGCAGAUAAUGGAGAAAGCCCGUGAUUUCUUUCUUCACUGACGACGACUACUACUACUAUUAUUAUUACCAUUGUUGAAGAAAAUGUCUCACGCAUUGUGGGAUUUAUUUUCAUUUAACCUAAAAAUCUUUAUUUUAUCACUUUUGGCUAGUGAAAUUUGAGCUGCAGAUUUCGAUUAAUUCUAGAAGCGUAGAAUUGCAUGCUCUUUUCUUUAGACGUUCUAUAUUUAAUUUAACUCGUCUCUCGAUUUCUGUUGUUAUGGGGAUAAUGUGGUGUGAAACAGAUGUAUUCGUACCGUUAACUUGAUUUAUUGAAAGCUACAGUUCGAUGUCUUUGGUCU